CCUCUUCCGCAAGAGACGCACGACAAGAGACGGCGGCAGAUAACCCAAACUUACAAUACAUGUGCAAUAUAAAUUGAAGAUUAUUAGACUUGUAACAAAAAUGGUUGAGGACGUUCAGUUAAAAGAAGCUGUAGCAAAGUUAGAAACUCCAGCAAUCCUAGCUUUCGGUAAUCCUUUGUUGGACACUUAUGUAACCCUGAACUCUGAUAAUUUGUUGAAAAAAUAUGAUCUCAAGAUGGAUGGAGAAACAGAACUUCCCGAUGAACAGAUGCAGGAGCUGAUGGCAGACUUAUCGCUAGAGUCAGAGCAAAAAGUCAGUGCUGGAGGAUCGGCUCAAAAUACAGUAAGAAUUUUACAAUGGCUCUGCGAUGAGACGUUUCAACGUAAAUACUGCAUUUAUUGUGGUGGGCUUGGGAAUGACUUAAUGGGUGCAAUGUUAAAGAACUUAGUUAGAUCAGCUGGUGUGGAUGCCAGAUACGCAGUUCACUCGGAUUUACCUACAGGGCUUUGCGUAGCAUUAACAAAUACAUCGUUUCGUAGUCUCGUUGCAAAUAUUGGUGCUGCUAGUGUAUAUACCUUAGAUGAUUUUAAGAAGAGUAAAUUAUCAUUGGAUACUAUAAAGAUAAUUUAUAUCGAAGGGUUCUUUAUAACGCACAGUUUCUCAGUAGCAAAAGAACUUGUUAAACGAGCAGAAGAAAAAGAUAUAAUUAUAGCCUUCAAUCUAAAUGGAACAUAUAUAUUUAAGGAGCAUCAUGUAGCAAUUUGCGAAAUGGUUGGAUAUGCAAACAUUGUGUUUGGCAAUGCGAGAGAAAUGGAAGCUUUGGCUCAGUCGCUAAAUGUUACGUACGAUGAUGUAACUGACAUACCAUUCUUGUUAAAUAGUUUAAAAAGAAUUACAGUCAACGUUUGUGAUACGAUCGGUCAAAAUUGGCUGCGUCACGGAGGAGUAUUCAUUAUGAGCCAAGGUGGUUCAGCUCCAGCGAUUGUCGUUUGGGGAAGGAGUCAGUCUGCCCAAGUACAACCAAUUAAACCGGAAGAUCCUAUAAUAGACACGACAGGUGCCGGCGAUUCUUUGGCAGCCGGUUUUCUAGCAGGUGUCUUAGCAGGAUGGAAACCGAAACACUGCUUAGAAUACGGUUCCAAAGUAGCAUCCUUUAUGGUAACCAGACUUGGAGUUCUGUUACCAGACAAUGUGCCACCAGAUUUGUUAGAAUAACGUGGAUUAUUUAUUAUUUACAAAAUGUUUUACCAUUAAACAAUAGAUGUUUGUCCGGUGUGAAAUUUAACGAGUAAUUUUUAUUAGAUUCAUUAGAAAGAAAAUUGUUAUGAUGAUGGAAGUAUACAAUUUUUUAUUUAUGCUUAUGUGUAAGCAUCUCGACUAGUAGCUCAGCUGUAUAAGUAGUAUCAGCUCGACAAUUAUCUAAUAGUUGUAGAAGAGAAUUUUUAUCGAAAUGUUAUAUCAGUUGCAUCAUUUGUGUAAUAUAAAAACUUCAUUAUUAAUAUUGAGUGUACUUAGAAAAGAAUCGUAAAAUCACAUGCAAUAUUUUAAUCAAGUUUUGGACAGAACAAAUGUAGUCAANUGU